AUGCAUAUCCUCGUCACAAACGACGAUGGUCCUCCGUCCCCGCACUCGUCACCCUAUGUUCACUCUUUGGUCAAGCACCUUCGAAAUGCUGGACACACGGUUUCCGUCUGCCUCCCUCACACCCAAAGGUCCUGGAUCGGCAAGGCCCACAUGAUUGGGAAGACCCUCAAACCGCUCUAUUACACUCCCUCUGCGAAUAUCCAUGGCCAAGACACCCAAGGCACAACGCAUCACCUGCCCUCCACGUCGGGAAACGCUGACGAAUGGGUCCUCAUCGACGGCACACCCGCCUCCUGUGUGCAAAUAGGCUUGUAUCACUACUUCCAAGAUAAAGGGCCUAUCGAUCUGGUAGUCAGUGGGCCCAACUACGGGCGCAAUACCACCUCCGUCUUUGCUCUGAGCUCCGGAACCUUGGGCGCGGCGCUGGAGGCUGCUGUGUGCAGAAGAAAGUCGAUUGCUCUCAGCUUCGCCUUCUUCUCGAGAAACCACGACCCCGCCAUCAUUGACGCCGCUUGUCGUCACGGGGUUUGCGUCAUCGAGGCCCUGUACAAGCAGUGGCCAACGGACGACAGCGUGGACUUGUACAGCGUCAAUGUCCCUCUGGUAGAAGGCGUCGAGGAGAACAAGACGCUUUGGGCAGACAUGCUGCAGAACUACUGGAGGGAGGGCAGCUGCUUCCAGGAGAUUGAUGGAGGCGCUGCUGAUCCGGACGAGGAGGAGGCUCGCAUCAGAGCAGGGGAAGCUGACAAUGGCCCGAGGGUGGAAUCCGCCAAGGGUCACAAGCACAAGUAUUUCAAGUGGACGCCCAGAUUGACCGAUGUCUACAAGAGCGUCGACGCGUCUGGCCCCCAAUACGACGGACGCAUUGUGCGCGACGGAAAUACAUGCAUCACCCCUUUAAAGGCAAACUUUGCCGUCUCACAUGCUGAACGUGCCGGUCAAGAACUCCAACUUCCAAGGGGUACACAUGGCGGCGCCGUGUCUUUGAGGGAAGCCGGGCCUGUUCGAGCAGAGGAGGUUGAAGGAAAUCCAGGGGGAGAUUCCAGGAUUCACGCGGUCAUCGCGUACGAGGAUGCCUAUGUUCAGCCCCUUAUAGUGUCUGCUCUGGAUUCUGUUCUGCCUCGGGAGGUUGUAGACCUGGUUGCGGAGUCGGCCUCUUCGGACAUCAAUCUCUCCCUUGGCGAGACGUUGCCGUCAUCUUUAUCCAGAGUUGUCCAAAUCACGCCGUACGAGUCUAUUGAUUUCGAAUACGCAGCUUCGCAUCCGAAAUCUUGCCUGAUCAACAGCUACAUGAUUCGCAAAGCUCUGAUACGAAAGCACUACCUAUCCAAUACCGUGGACCACUGGGUCGCCAAGAACCCGACAUCGCCGCUGAAUCAGCACGUCAAGCGAAGCGAAGCCUUCGAGGUGGACUACGCAGAGUUCUUGGACGACGCGCUCGUGGAAUCGUUUGACCUGUGCGCAAGCUUGAGCCGCAACGCCGCAGUAAGCGAAAGCGAACCUUGGAACAAGGAAUGGUGGAUCCUGAAGCCCGGUAUGAGCGACCGCGGGCAAGGGAUACGGCUCUUUAGCACAAUGCAAGAGUUGCAGGAUGUGUUUGACGGGUGGGAGGCGAGCCGCCCGGAUAGCGACGACGAGGACGAGGCGCGGGGAGACACGGCCGAGGAAGACGGCGAGUUCAUCACGUCGUCUCACCUCCGGCAUUUCGUUGCCCAGCCAUACAUCCACCCGCCCCUUCUCCUCUCCGACGGCCGCAAGUUCCACGUCCGCUCGUACGUCCUCUGCACCGGCAGCCUCGACGUUUACGUGUACAGACACAUGCUGGCUCUUUUUGCGGCAAAACCGUACAGAGCGCCGUGGGAGUCCCCCGACGACAUUGAAUGCUUCCUCACAAACACCUGCCUCCAAGACUCGCCCAACGAGAACUCUGUCCGUCGAUUCUGGGACCUGGCACUGCCCCCGGGACAGGCGGACACCGUCUUUGAGCAGAUCUGCAACGUCACCGGCGAGGUAUUCGAGGCGGCUGCUCGGGCCAUGCCUGUGCAUUUCCAGACGCUGCCCAACGCAUUCGAGGUGUUUGGAUUGGAUUUCAUGGUGGACGGCAACGGCAAGGCCUGGUUACUGGAGGUGAAUGCGUUUCCGGAUUUCAAGCAGACCGGCAGGGAUCUGGAAGGGAUCGUGGAGGGAUUCUGGAGAGGGGUCAUGCGGAAAGGAGUUGCCAAGUUCUUCGGAGUCGAUGUAGCGAGGGAGGAGGAAGAUGGGGAUAUGGUUCUUGUGAGGAGAGUCGACCUGGGCAGGAGAUGA